CGGAAGUUGCAGCUUCCAGUCCGACUUUGUUUACAUCCCAGCUGCUCUGUAGCUCCCACAUUUCAGAUAUGAAUGUGCUUGGCGACAGUAGGCAUGGUGUGGAUCUUAGCAACGGUCUGGAGAAUGUCCCUGUUUUAAUUGAAAAGACUUCAGCCCGUACUGACAUUUCCUUUUUCCAGUAUUCACCAGAUAAUGUUGAGGGACCAGGAUGCAACGUUGACCCCAGUGAGGUCACCCUCCCUGGAUGCUCCUGCCCUUCCCACUCCUGCUGCCCUGAGAGCUGCUCCUGCCUGCAGACUCGUGGGCAGGCAUACAACAGCAUCGGCAUACUGCUGGACCUUAGCCGAACAGACUCUGGUUACUGCUCACCUGUGUUUGAGUGUAACGCCCUUUGCACCUGCAGCGAUACCUGCUGUAAUCGUGUUGUGCAGAGGGGGCUGAGACUCCGGCUGGAGGUUUACAGCACCAGUAACAGGGGCUGGGGAGUACGGACACUAGAGGCAAUCACGCGUGGGACUUUUGUGUGCGAGUAUGCAGGAGAGGUGAUCGGAUUUGAGGAGGCCAGACGCCGACAGCUUACCCAGAGAUCUGAGGAAAAUAAUUACAUCAUCGCAGUAAGGGAGCAUGCAGGUACGGGCUCCAUUAUCGAGACGUUUGUCGACCCGGCAGUGGUGGGAAACGUAGGCCGCUUUCUCAACCACUCUUGCCUGCCCAACCUGUUCAUGCUGCCUGUCCGUGUGCACUCUGUAGUUCCUAGAUUGGCGCUAUUUGCUGGACGGGACAUCAAUGCACAAGAGGAGCUGACGUUUGACUACUCAGGAGGAUACAGUAACCAACCUCCUGUAGAGCUGCUGUCCACACAAAGUGACGCUGCCAUACAGGCCAGUAGGACAGUUGGACUUCAGAGGAAAGCAUGUCACUGUGGUGCCAACAAGUGCACGCAGUUCCUUCCACUGGAUUUAUCUAUUCUCAACUGAAAUAAUCCAAAACAAGACUGGCACUUAGGCAAAUAGCUCUGUCAAGGCCAAACAAUCCUAACUCAUAUAAUAGAAAAAUAAAAGGAAAAAGGAAGCAGUCUGACAACUGAUAAAUGAUUUAUUUGUCACAUCCGCCCCUUUAACUGGAUUCACACCAAAAUUGAAUGUGUUUUUCCCAAGUUCUUUUUGCAUAAACCUGCUGACAAAUAAACAAACAAACCAACAAAGAUGAAUGAAUGGAUGGAAAACAUGAACUCCUAGGAAGAAGCAAUACAUUUCAUCUCAAAUUAGUUUUUAUCUCAAUGUCAAGAGAUGGACUAAUAUCAGAGUGUUGUAGUAGUGAGAGAAGAUUAUUCUUUUCCUCCUGAUUUUCUUUUAAAACACUGAUUUAGUUAUGUCUGGGUCUAUUUUCAGCUUCUCUGAACUCUUGGUUAAUUCAACCACUCAUUAGAAUAAGACAAUGCAACACGUUGGUGGCUCUAUAAAAACAAUCAGCUGGAUGAGUCAUGUCUGUGCUCGUCAUUGCUGUUUCCUGUUUAGUCCCCCAGUGUCUCCUGAUGUGCCAUUGUCUUAAAUGUUGUCUCCCACUCAGUGUAAGAUAAUACACUGAAAACUAAAUCUCAAGGCAUUUUUCUGUGAGUAAACUUGUUGACAUUCCUGUCUGUUC